AUGAAUAUUGGUCUGUGCUUUAUGUUACUACUUAAUACCGUUUAUAUUACGGAGGGAUCGACAGUUAGAAAUGUACGAUUAGUUGACCAUACGAGCUACGCUUUAGAAGUCAUAAAAGAGACAGUGAAACGAAUUGAAGAUCAACAAUGGAGUAGCUUGAAACUAGGCGACAUCAUUAUACCUGUAAACCAAACAAUAUUGGGCAGACCAAUAAUAGGUGAUGUGGAAUUUACUAACGGUUUUGUAGUAUCAAUACAUGGGAUUGAUAUAAUACAACAUACAGUACAGCAAGUCUGGCUGCCUGCCACAGUUAACACAACAUAUGUAGAAGUAAGAGCAACAAUGAGGAUGUUUGAUGUUGCCAUCGGAUUCGAUGUUUCGUCUAAAAUGAAUAUUGGAAAUUACCGAUCGACUGUACUUAUUUUGUAUCCAGAAAUGCAAUUUCGAUUCACUAUUGUAAAAGAUUUAUUUACGGAUGAACUAACUACAACAGUAUUCGGGGUGAUAAUGAGGUCUCAUAGUCAACUAGAAUUUGUACCAGAAGAUGAAAUUACUAAAGUAGUGCCCUUCCUGUUUAAUUGGAACAGCACAGGCGAAAGUGUUAACAAGUGGGAUUCCAGAGCAUGUUUAGUGAAUCGUAAUGAUUACUUUAUGAAAAUCAUCCAGAAGACCGUAACUAAAGUUGAGACAGAUGUGCAAUGGAGCAACUUGAAGUUACUUGACUUAAAUAGAGUUAUAAACAAACAUUUGUUCAAAUGGCAUGCCCAAGGGACUGUAAAUUAUACAAAUGGGUUCGUUGUGGCCAUACAAAAAAUUGACGUUAGUAACUUACAGGACGGUUUUUCAUCAAGAAACGUCAAUGGUACUGUGGAAAACCUUGCUUCAGCACGAGGUUUACUUCAUUUCAGAAAUAUGAAAAUAGGCUACGAUGUUAACGUAAACCUAGAGGAUUCCGGUUCCCAACGUUUUACUGGCUUAUAUAUGUACAAUGUAGUAUCAACGCAGUAUUCGAAAAUAUUUUCAACCACGCAGUUCAAUGAUAAGAAAGUACCAUAUGAUUUCUUAAGACCGUGGCUUAGUGACGGACUUCUCAUAAGCAAUGGUAAUAAGUGGCAUCGCAGGCGGAAAAUGUUAACACCAGUAUUUCACAUCAAUCUUCUGAAGAAAUUUGUAGAUACUUUUGUACAUCACACUGAGGAUUUGCUAGAAAUUAUAGAAGAGAAAGGCUUAGGAACGAAAAUAAAUCUUCAUGCUUUGAUAACACAUGCUUCUUUUAGAAUAAUGUGUGAGACUUUAACUGGUGUAUCAAAACAAAAUAGUUCAGGACUAGCUAUAGACAAAUACUUUAAAGCCAUUCAAAUAUUUGGAGAAUGUGCUGUUGAGAGGCUGUGUAGAGUUUGGUACUUUUUUGACUUCACUUUCAAUUUGUCUAAAAUAGGACAAACACAAAAAAAAGUGGUUGAAGAUAUUCAUGUGCUUACAAAAAACAUAAUUGACAAUAGAAGAAAAGCUUUAUUAGAUAAUAGACCGGAAAAAUGUAGUAAUCUCUCUAAAUAUAAAAGUAGAGCUAAUCUCAUAUUAUUAGAUUUACUCUUAGAAAAAGAAGCUGACAUGGAAAUCGAUGAAAAGGGUGGAUACACUAUACCAAGGAACACGCAUGCGAAUAUAAUGGUAUACGACUUGCAUCAUCGCGAAGAUAUUUACCCACAAGCGGAAAAAUUUAUCCCUGAGCGAUUUUUACCAGAGAACUCUAUGCAAAGACAUCACUUUGCAUUUAUACCCUUUAGCGCUGGACCACGAAAUUGUAUAGGACAAAAGUUUGCCAUGCUAGAGCUGAAGAUAGUGUUAUCUGGAAUAUUAAGAAGGUAUCGAUUGGAGCCAGUAACAAAGCCUGAUGAUUUAGUUUUCAUAUCGGAUCUAGUAUUACGCACAAAAGAUCCUAUUUAUGUUAGAUUUUUAAAAAGAAGU